UCAUAUAUUGUAUCCUCAAAAUGGUUAUUUAACUUUCGGAAGUUAUCAUAWGCAAGGCUAUUUAUUUAUAUUUAGGCGUUAUAGUAGCUGUCACGUCUAGCAGCUUUAGCUUCUCUGAAUUAAUAAAAAAAAGCUGUAUUGUAUUUUGUUGUAGGUAUUCAUGGUAUAACAUAUCUUUAAAAGUUCAGUAAGUGUGAAGGACAUCRCAGAGUUUUAAUCAGAUUUUCUGUCCGUAGACUAAGUCCAGUUUCAGUGAGUWUGAGGCAUGGAGCAUCAGAAUUUGCCCAAAGUGGUUCUUUUGGCCUGCGGGUCCUUCAACCCCAUCACCAACAUGCACCUGAGAAUGUUUGAACUGGCUCGAGAUUAUCUGGAAGACACAGGUCAGUACAAUGUGGUGAAAGGAAUCAUCUCUCCUGUGGGCGACGGCUACCAGAAGAAAGGUUUGAUUGAGGCUCGUCACCGUGUGGAAAUGGCCCAACUGGCCACAGAAAACUCAGGAUGGAUUACAGUGGACUCCUGGGAGAGCCUGCAGCCCGAGUGGACCGAGACGUGUAAAGUGGUUCGGCAUCACUAUGAAGAACUGGUUGAAGAAGAGCAUAACACCGGUGUCAAGAGUGCAAAAAAGAGACGUCUGGAGAAGAAAUAUAUUGACAGUUCAGCUCAUCCUAAAAAAAAGGACGGGCCUCAGCUGAUGUUGCUGUGUGGGGCCGAUGUCCUGGAAUCGUUCGGUGUUCCCAACCUGUGGAAGCUGGAGGAUAUCGACGAGAUCGUGGGACGGUACGGCAUGGUUUGCAUCACCCGCAGUGGCAACGACCCGCACAAGUUCAUCCACCAGUCGGACGUGCUGUGGAAGCACCGCAAGAACAUCCACACCGUCCACGAGUGGGUGACCAACGAGAUCUCAGCCACCCACGUGCGCCGCGCGCUGAGGCGGGGCCAGAGCGUCCGAUAUCUGCUGCCAGACAUCGUUCUCAGCUACAUACAGGAGCACAACCUCUACAGCGCUGAGAGCGAGCAGAAGAACGCGGACGUGAUCCUCGCACCCCUUCAGAGAUACACGGACGCCUCCUCGAAAGCAUAUUUAAGCAGGUGUCAGAGGUCUGCAGCACAUCAGCGAGUUAUCUUCACGUACACAUCUCUGAGAAAAGGAAGAGUAAUCAAUAUGCCGGCCAGUUUCUCUGGUACGUGGGACAUGAUCAGCAAUGUCAACUUUGAGGGUUACAUGAUAGCACUUGGCAUCAGCUCCAACCUGCGAAAGAUUGCUCUGAAGCUGAAGCAGAGGAAGGUGAUCGAGCAGCAGGGCGACCUGUUCAUCAUCAAAACUCUCAGCACCUUUCGAAACUACACCAUCUCCUUCAAAGUUGACUGUGAGUUUCAGGAGUUUACGAAGGGCCUGGACAACAGGCACGUCAAGUCACUGGUGGUCUGGCAGGACAACAAACUGGUGUGUGAACAGCUUGGAGAGAAAAAGAACCGAGGCUGGGCUCACUGGAUUGAAGACGACAAGCUCCACCUGGAGUUGUACUGUGAAGGAGAGGUCUGCAAGCAAGUGUUUAAAAAGAGUGCAAACGAGUGAACAAGGGAUGGUUAUUUUAACCUAAAAAGCCUCUGUGAUGAAGGGUCAAACGGAUUAUGGUUAUUCCUGUGGAAGAAACUCAUUGGAACUCUGUUUUUUUCCUUUACUCUUCUUUUUUUGUCAGCAGGAGAAAUGUGUCCCUCUGAGUAUGGACUUUGCCCACAAGGUGGCCUCUCUGCAUUAGUUUUGCUGCUGGUUUGGUGGUGCUGGCACCAAGAAAACCAAAAGCGAACUGUUAUUUUGGUUUUGUUCUAAACUAUAAGGGUUAUAUGUAGGCAAAGUCCAACAGCUUGUACUGUCCUUCUCGUUUAAUUAUGCAAUUUGUAAAGUUGUCAUAAAUUACAAGCACAAAUGUCUAAGAUGUUUUGAAAACAUUUUUGUAAUGUGUUCUUGUUUUUAUCAAAUAAACUGUGUUUAAAUUAAA